AUGCCAUUUUUGGCCUCCACCAACAUCCCCCUCGUUCUCCGCGCCUCCAGCCGCCACCUCCUUAGCCCAGCCGCCGCCUCCCUCCUCGGAUCCAGCGCCGGCCACCUCCCCGCCGCCAAGUGGCGCGCUCCCACUGGCCUGCGCCGCCUCCCAGCCGCCUGGAGCCAACCAGGGGUUGCCACGCGUCCCCAGCACGCCCCCCCUGUGCCCCGCGCCGCCGCGGCCCGCCUGGGCCCGGGGCCGGCCUGCCAGGCCCAUCGGACCCCGUGCCCCGAGCCGCCAGCGCUCCGCGCCUCCGCCCGAGCGCCCGACCCCGCCGCCCGCUCUCCUCGCCGCCCGACCACUGCUCCGUCUCGGCUCCUCCGCCCCGCCGCCAUCCUCUGCGGGCAGACCACCGGAGCCCCGCGCCGGUGA